CUGUGUACCAUUACAUUACUGUUACAUAAUGCACUGUGAUCUCUUCUGCUGGAUGAGCACACAGCGCCACCGUGAGACCAAGACGCAGCAGUGCAGCAGGAUCAGGGCUGGGCAGCAGCAGCAGCAGCAGCUCGGUGUCCUCAGUCCUCCUCACACAGAGCGGAUAUGCUGUUUCACGGCCGAUGAUCGCGCCUGCGAUGAAGAUGAACAGUGAUGUCCUGCUGAGCGUUUAGGAUCUUUACGCUUCACGUGACAGAUCAGCAUCCACGGCAAGUGGCCUUGGAUUCGGUGACGGAGCAACGCGACUCUGCCGACUGAAUUCAAUUUUGAAAUUCAGUAGGAUGCCUGGACUUGUUUGAGCUCAGGAUGCAUUAACAGCCAUAGAUCUGCGCUCGUGAGGCAGAGAUGAGUCUGACUUCCUGGUUCCUGGUGAGCGGCGGGGGGACGCGUCAUCGUCUCCCCAGGGAGAUGAUCUUCGUGGGCAGAGAUGACUGCGAGCUCAUGCUGCAGUCCCGCAGUGUGGACAAGCAGCAUGCUGUCAUCAACUACGAGCCAAACACAGACGAACACAAGGUGAAGGACCUGGGCAGCUUGAAUGGGACAUUUGUCAAUGAUGUCCGAAUACAGGAGCAAAUCUACGUCACGCUGACAAUCGACGACAAACUGAGGUUUGGAUACGAUACCAACCUGUUCACUGUGGUGCGAGGAGAGCUGCAUAUUCCCGAGGAGGCCCUCAAGCAUGAGAAACUCAGCAGCCAGCUUCAGCUCAACAAAAGGAAGCCUCCGGAAGCGGGAGCUUCUAAACCAGAGGUGAGACCACCUGCAGCAGCAGCAGCAGCAGCAGCAGUGGUGUGUGAGGCGGCCACCGCGAAACCCACUGAGGCCGGCAGAACUGAGGAUAAGACAGCAGUGGAUAUAGCGCUGUUGCACAGGGGCACCCCCCUCUAUGGUCAGCCUGCGUGGUGGGGAGAUGGAGACGCUGACGCCCAGCAACCAGGGAGGCCAGAGGAGAAGAACUCAGACCGCAGGAGAGAAAAACCUGAACCAGGUGAGUUCCCAAACUCUGCUGUACAAGGAACCUCCAGUCAGGAGCCGAGCUACUUUGAGAUCCCAACCAAGGAUAAUCCCUCAGCGAGUAAAGUGAGCUGCGAGGCGCCAACACGAGAACAAGAGGCUGGUUCUUCUGCGGCGGCAGAGGCCGCUCAUGGCCACGCCUCCUUCACAAUUGAGUUUGACCCUGGGGCGUCGAGCAAAGGCUCAGUCAAAGACCGAAUGGCGAAAGUGGGGCCAGAGACCAGGCCACGUCCUAAGCGACCUGUGGGGGAGGAGCUGAGCCCACUGCAGACGGCCAUGGUCGCGGCCGAGGUCAAAGUUGCCGAUUGGUUGGCCCAAAACGAGCUGCCACUGGCUCUUAAAGAGACGGUUGCCGAGGACGACGGGGAAAGUGUGAAGAGUGAUGUUCCAGUACAACUGAAGAGUCUUAAAGGAAGUAAACACGAGGAUGGCACACAGAGUGAUUCGGAGAAUGCGCUCGGAGAGCAACGCAGGGCCACGGCACUUGAUGAGCGCGCGUGGGGCCUUUGGGGCGGCGCGGGGAUGAAGAUCAGAGAGGGUCGUGCCAACGUACCCGAGGGGCUCUUUGCAGAGGAGGACAGCCCUGCGCGCCGUCGCAAAACGAACACUUCCAAGGUGGCAAGUGGAUUUGUGGAAAAGCGGCGUGGCUCUGCACCGCACCAGCAGAGUGGCCGCGAGGAGAGCCAUCUCCACAGAGACGAUUACAGCGACAGAGGGACCUAUACCAUAGAGCUGGAGAACGGAGACAAUGAGGAGGAAGAGGCCAGGAAAAUGAUCGACAAGGUGUUUGGUGUGGAUGAGCAGGAGGGUGUGUGUGUGUCGAGGUUAGCAGGUCCUGACCAAAGAGAGGGAUUCACCUCUCAGAGGUCUGGAGCAGGAGAAAGAGGAAAAGCUGGACACGUUGAGACAGAGGUACUGGCUGAUGAGCUGGUGGUGGGGGGCCCGCGCUGGGUCUCGCAGUGGGCUACUCUGGCUGCCAGUCACAUCAGGACAGACCCUGAGGGGUCAGGAGGGGAGAGUCACAUGAUGGUGGCAGAGGACAGAGCUGAAAUAAGUGAGUCCAGACACUCAGCCUCCUUGGCCUCCUCAGGCUACAUAGAGCGUAAGAGGAGAACCUUACCUCAGCUGCCUGGUGAGGAGCUCAGCCUGGGAAGGAGGACUCCAGGCUCGGGCCUGCGCACAGACAUGGGCGAGAAACAGGACACUGAGCUGCAGGAGAAAGAGACCAAGGAAGAGAAGAUGGUGAGGGGGAAAGAUAGGCCUGGACAUGCUACAGGAGGUAUGAGCAGUCAUGGUGGGAGCCCAAAUCGCUCCUCACCAGCCAAGUCACAGGACAGUGGUGGUGGGAGAUCGAGUCAGUCAGGUGUGCUGACCAAGCUUCCCCCUCGUCCCCUGACCAGCGGAGAGAGGAGAAUGGACGAGGCACGGAGGAGGAAAAAGGAAGACGAGAAGGUCAGGGAAAGUGGUGGGAAACCGUUGUUGAGGCAGGAGAGUUUUACUGUGGAAAAGCCAAGUUCCAACGUGCCCAUUGAGCUAAUACCACGUAUUGAUGGCUUGACAGGCAGCAGAAGUCAGAGUAGGGAGACUGGCAUUGACAGCGUCACACUGCAGAAGGACUCUGAGGCUGUGCAAGCCUUUUUAGAGACCACAGUUUCAGAUCAAGGUGAUCCACCCAGUCAGUCCAUCGAAGGAUCAAUGUCUCCCGAGUCAGACGUGGACACAACAAGUACAGUAAGUCAGGCUGAUGGCGCAAGGAAAGUUGUCCAAAGACGCAGGAACCUCGCAGGACAGCACAAGGAGAAAACGGUGCUGUGCUCCUCCGGCAAGGGGCCUACUGGGGCCAGAGAGACCCAAGACAGAAAGUCUAAGACCAGAACUUCUGUUCCACCACCACCCAGCCGCCCCUGGACUUCUCUGGAUCUCACUGAUGAUGACGUCAACUCCAACUCACUCCUUUCAGACUCACAGCCCACCUCCACACAGGGCUCUAGAAGCUCACACACCAGAGCCCAAACAGGGAGCACAACAGUGGGCGCAAGCACAAAGUCGAGUCGAGCUAAGAUCACCCAGGCUCCUGCCUCUUCUGCAACCAGUAAAACUGCCAUUGCCCCCAAGCCCAGGCCCACCAGGGCGUCCCUGCUGAGACGAGCCCGCCUGGGGGAGUCAUCGGACACUGAACCUGCUGAUCUCGACAGGAUGUCAGUAGCAUCAGAGGCCUCCACAGCAAGUUCCACAUCCAGGACUGGGAUGGCUAGAAGGGGGAUGUCCAGGAUAGAGGCCUUGGCACAGCCGAGGAGGCCGAGGGUCGGCUCCCCAUCAGCACAGAGUGACUCAGAGGCAACUGUGACAAGGAGUAGAGGUCUGGGGGCCCGGAGUGUGGCAGGAGAUUUUGCUAUCAGACAAGGACUGAGAGGAUCCAAUGCAGGUUCAGUGUCUGGACAAAGAGCCAGAGCGAACAGCGCCUCCAAGCUGCCUGACAAGAGUAAAGGCAGCUCCACAUAUGGACAUGUCACUUCUGCGUCUGGAACUCGAUGGCGCCGUGUCCCUGUGGACUAUGCCUCCACCUCAGAGGACGAGUAUGGCUCUAACCGCCACAUGUCCAAGCAGGGCCACCCACAGCCGUUUCUGUCCACUCGAGUUGCCCAGCUGGGAGGUUCCGCUCCGGCAACUCCUCAUCCUGCCGGCCUGACGCCCCUGAAGCAGCAGUCCAGGGAACAGGACGAGUAUAUGAGAGACUGGACGGCACACAGUGAGGAAAUAGCCAGGAUUAGUCAAGACCUUGCCAAAGACCUUGCCAUGCUCGCCAGAGAAAUCCAUGAUGUGGCAGGAGAGAUCGACUCUGUCAGCCCUGCAGCCACCGAUCCUGGAGUUUUGUUGGAGGAGACUGUGUUUGAUUAUCCAGGCGGUCCGUCCACAGAGGACAGCAACAUUCUGGGAUCAAGCGGGCGCUCUGUGGAGCUCCGGCCCCACGGUUCCCGUGGGCGCGGCUCCCGCUCCAUCCGCCGCCAGACAUGGAACAGAGAAGAUGCGGUGUUAGACAGUUUACUGUUGGCGUCUGUGACUCAACUGUCAACCAGGAUACGUCAGUCUGUUGACAAAACAGCCUCCAAAAUCAGGAUCCUCUUUAAGGAUAGAGAACGGAAAUGGGAAGAGAUUGAGAUCAAACUACAGGCAGAGCACGACUCCUUACUACUCAAGAGCUCCAACAAGGAGAUUUCAACCGUUCUUCAAGACCUGAAGAGAGUGGAAAGACAACUGCUAGUCAUCGACACAAUGGUGGAUCCGGACGGCACCUUGGAUGCCCUGUCCAUCCUGGGCAUCACCAGUCCUCUGGCUGACCACAAGCUCAGCCCCGGGACUCAGCAGGCAGCUUUAGUGUCUGAAGCCUCCACCUGCACCUUCUCAGCCUCCAGACCUGAGGGACUGACCUCUGAACCCUGUGGACUGUCAGGCCAGGCAGAGGUGGCAGAGCGAGACUCUGGGCUUCAACACAGCUCCAUAACUAACAACUGACACAGUGUGGACAUAAAUCAGAAUGCAUUCUUUAUUUAUUUAAGACAUACCCUGAAGCCCUUGGAGCAGACCUUGAUAUGAGGUUUUUAGUAUCUGAUUUAGGUGGAGAUGAAGGGAGGUGGUGCCUAUCCUGUGGUAAAGACUGACUGUCCUGUCUGUCAGUUCAACUGAAUCAUGGUGGGACCGUUACAGUCCACACUCUGGACUUAAUUGGUGAGUUUAUGAAGAAACUAUGACAUAACAUACAGUAACCCAUACGUUUUUUAUUUUAUUCUUCGGCUCAUCCUGAUUAUCCAUUUAAGAGAUGGUCAGAUGUGGUGUACGGCAGAGUAUUAGGUCACAGUAAAUAAGUCCGAAUUCUGAUUUUCUUGUCAGAGAAAUUUCUCUUUUCCGGUAAAAUAAAUAAACAAAACAGCAUGAAUUGGACUAUCUUUAAUCUGAGAGAAAUUCUGACUAUAAUCUCAGAAUUCUGAUUUAUUUUUGGUAAAAUAA